AUGGCAUGUGUAGACGCUUUGACUGAUAUUACCACCCUUUAUUUGGAGAAGGUAGCCAGCUGGGUGCAGGAAUGUGCAGUCCAUGCCGGGCGUUCAGAGCCGUCAAUCACUGAUGUUGGAACAGCAUUCACGCUAAUGAAAAUUAGUGAACGUGAACUAUAUGAGUACAUGAGGCAAGUUCGGUCAGUGGUGGAAUAUGAAGCGGCGCCCAAGUUUCCUGUCAGAAUCCGAAAAUCUAACUAUUCUAUAAAUAUUCAUAGUCCUCCCAAAGAACUUCAUUCAGUGGAAAAAGAAGAUCACCUCGCUAGUGAUCAAGAGACAUCAGGCUUGUAA